GUGGAGGGAGAGAGAGGAGCAGAUACUUGGGAACGCAUCGCAGCAGGACAGACAGACAGACUGACUGUCCACUCUGAAGGCGUUCAGCCGGCGACGGAGACGGAGCAGGAAGGUGUCGGUGAUGUCGUGGGGUUUGUGUGUGGGUUUAGGGUGCAGGAUGACGGCUGCCAAGAUCCUCCUUCCUUUCCUUGUUCUUCAGUCAUUUUGUGAAGGCUCCAAUCAGCCGCCACGCUUCCUGAACUACUUUUUUUCAACUUACCUCCUCAUCUAUGAAGACAUGCCUAUUGGUUCUUCGGUUGCCCAGCUGAAAGCGACGGAUCCGGAGGGGGAGCCGCUCAUAUACGGCGUUUCAGGAGAAGAAGCCAUGAAGUAUUUUUCUGUGAAUAAGGAAACAGGCGUGGUUUGGCUUCGACAGCAGCUCGACCGUGAGACCAAGUCAGAGAUGCAGGUCGAGUUCUACGUGAGCGACCUUCAGGAGGUGGUGAAAGAUACAGUAAACAUCCAGAUUGGAGACGUGAAUGAUAAUGCACCAAACUUCCAUGGGCAGCCGUACACAGUUCGUAUCCCUGAGAACACGCCGGUGGGCCAAUCGAUAUUCAUGGUGAACGCCACAGAUCCGGACCAAGGCACCGGGGGCAGCGUUCUCUUCUCUUUCCAGCCUCCUUCUCCUUUCUUUGCCAUCGACGGAGCCCGAGGCACCGUGACUGUCACCAGAACGCUGGACUAUGAGACAACAACUGCCUACCAGCUCACCGUAAACGCCACGGAUCAAGACAAAGUGAGACCUCUGUCCAGACUUGCAAACUUAGCCGUCACCAUCACUGAUAUCCAAGAUAUGGACCCUAUUUUCACCAACCUGCCCUACAGUACCAACGUAGAAGAGGACAUUCCUCUGGGGACUGAAGUGAGGACGAUAACAGCCAUUGACCAGGAUCGGGGCCAACCGAGAGGAAUCGGCUACACCAUCGUCUCAGGAAACACCAACAGUGUUUUUGCUCUGGACUACAUCAGCGGCUCCCUGAAGGUGAACGGCCAGCUGGACAGAGAAAACCCGCUCUACUCAGCAGGAUUCACUCUCACUGUCAAGGCCACGGAGUUGAAGGAUGAUCGCAGUCCGUCAGACGCGACAGUGAUGACCACCUUCACCAUCCUGUUAAUUGACAAGAAUGACAACGCCCCAAAGUUCAACAGCUCCGAAUACCGGGUUCGCAUCACUGAACUGGCCCAAGUGGGCUUUGCUCUGCCGCUCUUCAUCCAGGUGGAAGAUAAAGACGAGGGGGUGAACAGUAUGUUCCAGGUGUUUCUGACUGGAAACAAUUCGAGGUACUUCACCAUCUCCCCCACGGCGGUGCAGGGGCGUGCCGACAUCCGUGUCCGGGUUGCCCUUCCUCUGGACUAUGAACAGAUUCAGAGCUUCAGCUUCUCACUUUAUGCCAAUGAGUCCAUUUCGGAUCACGUGGGAUUCGCACGCGUCUUUAUCGACCUGAUCAAUGAAAACGACAACCGGCCCAUCUUCAGCAAACCUCUGUACAACAUCAGCCUUCCAGAAAACACGCCACCUGGUACCUCACUGCUGCAAGUCCUGGCCACAGAUGGAGACGCCGGGCCUUUUGGGAUUGUCCGUUACUAUUUCACCGAUGACCCAGACCAGUUUUCGGUGGAUGAAGAAACAGGCUGGGUCAUUCUGCAGGCCAGCCUGGACUAUGAGUUAAUGCGGCGCUUCACCCUGACCGUUCUGGCGAGGGACGGCGGCGGGGAGGAAACCACCGGACGGAUCCGUGUCAACGUGGUGGACAUCAACGACAACACGCCGCUCUUCCAGAAGGAGGCGUACGCGGGCUCACUGCGAGAGAACGAGCAGGCGGUGCAGUCGGUGGCGCGGAUCAGGGCGACUGAUGAGGAUUCUCCUCCCAACAACUUCCUGACGUACACCAUCAUUUCAGCUUCAGUUUUCCCUCAAUACUUCAGCAUCGUCAUGGUGGAAGGCUAUGCAGUUAUAAGCGUGACCAGGCCUCUCGACUAUGAGAUGGUUCCCAAGGGGUUGAUCUAUUUGACAGUGAUGGCCAAAGAUGGAGGAAAUCCGCCGCUCAACAGCACCGUCUCGGUCACAGUGGAGGUUAUAGAUGAAAAUGAUAAUCCACCUGAGUUCAGCAAACCAUCUUACAUCAUCAAAAUCCCAGAGAACCUUAAUGCUGGGGCAACAGUGCUGGUUGUAAAUGCAACUGAUUUGGACGCCUCACGGGAGUUUGGCCAGGCCUCUCUCAUCUAUUCCCUGGAAGGUUCCUCUCAGUUUCGUCUCAACUCGCGCUCAGGAGAGAUCACAACCACAGCCCUGCUGGACCGAGAGCAGAAGUCAGAGUACAUCCUGAUAGUGAGAGCUGUGGAUGGAGGAGUCGGGCCUCAGCAGAAGACAGGCAUUGCCACUGUGAACAUCACCGUCCUUGACAUCAAUGACAACGCCCCGACGUGGCGAGACGAGCCGUAUGAAGCCAACGUUGUGGAGAUGAGUCCAAUCAACACUGAUGUUAUCUCUGUGUUGGCAGUGGACCCAGAUAAUGGGGAAAACGGGACGGUGAUGUACAGCAUCAGUCCUGCAAACCCUUUCUACACCAUCGACAGCAGAACCGGGAAGAUCCGGACCAGCGGCGUCACUCUGGACCGGGAAAGCACCAGAGACACGGAGCUGAUGAGGACCAUCAUAGUGUCUGCUGUUGACCGUGGCACACCUCCACUGCGUACAUCAGCCAGCACCACAGUGUCUGUCAACCUGCUGGAUCUGAACGAUAACGACCCGACCUUCCUCAACCUGCCGUCUGUUGCAGAAGUGCCAGAAGGACUUCCCAUUGGAUACUCGUUUUUCAGGGUGCAGGUAGUGGACCCAGAUAAGGAUGAGAAUGGCCGCAUCACGAUGGCGCUGCAGAUGGGGAUGCCCCGGCUCGACUUCCACCUCAACGUCUCCACCGGUGUUCUCACCUCCACAGCGGUGUUGGACCGGGAACAGAUCGGCCAGUAUCAGCUGAGGAUCAUCGCACACGACGCUGGGGAGUUUCCUCGGACCUCCACUUCAACGCUCACUGUCUCAGUUCUGGAUGUAAAUGACGAGACGCCCACCUUCAACCCCAGACUAUACAAUGUGUCCCUGAUGGAGAGCGUCCCCAGAAACCACGUUGUUGCUCGACUCGUCUGCUUUGACAAAGACGCUGGUCUCAACGCAGAGCUUAGCUACUUCAUCACAGGAGGGAAUGAAGACGGUAAAUUCAGCGUCGGUUUUCGAGACGGCAUUGUGAGGACUGUGGUGGGUUUGGACAGAGAGACUCAAGCGGCUUACAUUCUGGUCAUCGAGGCGAUAGACAACGGUCCAGCAGACAGCCGAAGGACGGGGACGGCCACCGUGUUUGUGGAGGUUCAGGACGUCAACGACAACCGGCCCAUCUUCCUCCAAAACAGCUAUGAGACCAGCGUUCUGGAAACCGUGCCCAUCGGAACCAGCAUCCUUCAGGUUCAAGCCACAGAUGCAGAUCAGGGAGAAAAUGGCAGAGUUCUGUAUCGGAUCAUCUCUGGGAACAACAACAACCUGUUCAGCAUAAACAGGCAGAGCGGCCAGGUGACCAGAGGCGUCCGGGCGCUGGACCGGGAGACCAGCAGCUCCCACGUGUUGGAGGUGGAGGGCUUCAACAGCGAUGAAGGCAGCAUGCGGAGCUCUGUCAGGGUGAUCAUAUAUGUUGAAGAUGCCAAUGAUGAGGUGCCAGUAUUCACCCAGCAGCAGUACAACCGACUGGGCCUGAGAGAAACCGCUGGAAUCGGAACCUCUGUGAUCGUAGUCCGCGCCACCGAUCCUGACACCGGUGAUGGCGGCGCUGUUGCCUACUCCAUAGUGUCCGGUUCAGACCGUAAGUUUGAAGUGGACGUCAGCACUGGUCUGGUCACCACUGUGGACUACCUGGACUACGAGACCAAGACAUCCUACCUCAUGAACGUGUCGGCCACCGACCAGGCGCCGCCGUUUCACCGGGUAUUCUGCACCGUCUACGUGACCUUACUGAACGAGCUGGACGAGGCCGUGGCCUUCUUCUCCUCAGGCUACGAGGCUUCCCUCCGGGAGAACAUCGCCACGGGAACGGAGGUGGUUCAGGUCCAGGCCCAGUCUGCCGACAACCUGAACCAGCUGACUUAUCGCUUUGACCCAGACACGUCGCCGGCAGCCUUAGCCCUCUUCAAGAUAGACAGUGUCACGGGCCGCAUCACGGUAACAGGCCUGCUGGACAGAGAAAAGGGAGAUUUGUACACUCUGACUGUGGUAGCUGACAACGGAGGACCGAAGAAGGACUCCACUGUGAAUAAUGGCAUUCUUCUUUUAUCAAAUGCAUCCCUCUGUGGAUCUGUAGAAGGUUUCCAUCACCAUCCUGGAUGA